UCUAAAGGCAAAAAGAAAAAAGAAAAGAAAAAACAGGAUUUUGAUGAAGAUGAUAUCCUGAAAGAACUGGAAGAGCUAUCCUUAGAGACACAAGGAGGGAAAGCUGACAAAGAACCUUCUACAGGAAAGGCUGAAAAUGACAGUGAAGAAAUCAGCUUAUCAAAACAAGACAAAAAGAGGAAAGGAAAGAGUAAAAAGGCCAGUAUUGAAAAUGACUAUGACAGUGAGGAAGGAGAAGAAAAAGAUAGAAAAUCUAGAAAAAAUCAGAAAGCGAAACAAGAAAUGCUUUCUGGCAGUGAUGAUGAUGAUCAUGAGGUGCUGCUUAAGAAAAAUAAA